UUCAGCGGUUCAGCGAAAACGAACAUGACCUCUAAUCAUUUCAGCUUCUUUUGGCGUAUAAUAAAGAUGGAAUGACGCUUAUAGUGCCCAAAGAGAACGCAGCCUAUUUUGUGCAGAUUUCAUUUCAGAACGCGAAAAACAUUACUGUCGGUACGUUUCAGAACGCCUGCCCAUAUUGCGUAUGCGUAAAUCUUUGGCAGUUUGAAUAUCGGAACACACCCAUUGAAGGGAGGGAAGGACGCCAUUUCGCAUCAAACGAUGUUUGAAAAUUAUACAAUUAACGAUCACUUGAAAGCUUUGACGUUCUCGACUAAAGUGUGUGUUCAUAGUGUCCGCCAAAUAGAGAUUACAAACAAAAAUCAGUAUCAUCGUAAUAUCAUAUGAAUUUAUGCAGAUACGAUGAAGCAAUCUUCAAUUACCACUAGAGCCAGAGCACAGAAAUUGAAUAAUUUAAAUGAAAGUGUAAACAAGUCGAGGAAGAAAAGUAAGCAGUCACCGAGAGGAAGAAAGUCUACGAAUGCAGAGGAUGAUUUGGAAGCUACUGUUAAACAAAAUUUUAGAAAAAAAUUGCUUAAUGCAAAAGUAACGGUUGGUAAGUCUAAAAAAAGAAAUACAUCUAGCCGAAGACGUGACAAGAUUGAAGAAGCAGAAAAUGAAGCAGCUGUACACAAAGAUGAUAGUAUAAAUUCCAAAUUGAAGAAAAUAUCAAAGGAUAAGCAUGCCGAUAAUGUUCCUAUGGUCCGCAACAGUGAUCGAUGGAUUGAUUCGGGAGAUUUGAGUAAAACGCCUGAAAAGGUGCAAGAGAAAACUAGUAUGCCAAAUAUAAGAGGACUAUCUUCUGGUAUAGUCACUCCUAAAAGCACACCGAUUAAACUUAGUCUUACGCCUCACAGAUCCACAAAAACACCUAAAAAAUCACCAAUUUCUUCAAGCUCCCCAAAGACAUGUUCGGCAUCAGUUUCAAGACUAUUGAAAAUUCCAAGAAAGUUAUCUCUCACACCUGGAGAAAACUUAUCUGACAAUAAUGAUUUUGGCGAUAACAAGUUACGAAAGGCCGGGAAGGAUACAUCUGUAGCCAACAAGAGCUCACCAACAUCAUCAGCAGUAAAAAGCAAACAUAGGGUAUCCAGUGUUAAGCUCAAGGAAAUUGUACAUAGGUUCUCAAAAUCUCCGAAAAUAGUAUUGAGGCGCCUGUCGAAAAAGUCGCCCAAAUUGAAUUUAUUCGCAUCUAGAAAACACUCAUUGAAGAAAUUCACUCUCGCUGGUACUCCCGCUCCCGACGCUUCGCUUGGUCACCGUAGUACAAAAUCAUCAAGUGCGAAAAAAAAUCCUUCGCUCAAAAGUUUAUUAGCGAACAAAUGUCUGAAAUCGAGAUUAGUGAAACUAUUGACGGCUUCGCAGAUGAGAGAUAUACUGGCGGAACCGAUAGUAUUAGUGAAGAAGCUCGAAAAUAAGCUGGAUAUACUUACGGCUAUUGUAGACAACAAUCGGUUAAAUAAUUCAAUCAAUAUAGAAAACAGUGUUAAAAUAUCGCAAGCAACUGCAGAAAAUACACCUGCAUCGUCUACAUUUUCUUUGAAAGGCAGCCCUCGUCGAAGCUCCGCUACAAAUAGAUCUUCCAGUAAUAAAUUAUCACUAGCUACUGAACACAGUCCGCCGACGCAAAGACAGAACAAGUCAUCCACACCUUUAAUGUCGUCUACUCCAAGAGAGGAGCAGACAACGCGGAUAAACUUGACGUCUAACGCGUCUAUACUAUCAAAUGAUGCAUAUCCUAACACCAGAUCGAGAUAUACGGAUCAAUUCGGAGUGCAUACUACAGCAUCGUCUCCUAGCAUAAUGGACAAGAGCAGCGCAGCCAUUGAAGACGUGUCGAAACCUUCUCUAUUGGAUAUCAGUGAUACUAAUGAUCCUUCCAAUUCCGCGAAACGACAAGACACUACUUACAACGUCAAGGAAGCGAAGAUUGAACUAAAAAAGGUCCAAAAUAACAAGAGGGAUAUCACUUAUGAACUGAAAGAUCCGCAGACACCAGGUUUACGACAGAUGAUCAAAAAACGUACAAUGACGGACGCAAAUUUAAGCAUCAAAGGGGACACUAAGAAAUUCUGUAGAGUACGCUUUGCAAAUAUAACACCUGAUGGGAACGGUGCUCACGGUUCAAUUGGUAAAUCAAUUGGUCUGCAGUCAAGCGUUCCACGCAAUGAUACUACACAAAGAAAUAUUAGAAUUAGAAAUUUAACGUACAAAACAUCGAGUAAGGCUCAAAUUCCCAAAUCCAACAAAAAUUCAUUAGUUUCUCAGCUGAAAUUAAGCCCAAAGAUAUGUGGAGUCACACCGAAGGGAAGAUUGCACGCUCUUAACGCUAUGACCAUAAACCUUGGUAAAAUUCAAGCUACCCCAAAAGGACUCGAAUCGGUCGAAAAGAAGUCGGAGAGAAAAUCAUCAAUAAAAAAAGUACCAAAUUUUAGAAGAAUACACGAAAAAAUGUUUGCCAACUCAGAAUCGGUCGUGGAUGCAAAAAAACGUUUGGAAACUAGACAUCUGGAAUUCGCAACGAAAAAUAUAGAUGUGAAGAAAGGUGUGAAACCAUUGCCGCCAAGUAAUACAACCAACGGCACAUACAAUAGAUUCGGAUUCAAGUUAAGGAAGGCGGAAGCUACGCAUGUUAUACUGAAGAAACAAACGGUUUUUUCAAGGCAGAAGCAACAACAUGAAACGCGGACGGUGCUGAAGAGCGUACGGACAAAUCGACGUUUCGAGCUGCAAAUGAAGGCUCGUAAUCUAAGCACGAUAUAAAGCGGCUCUUUCUCCUGAUAAUAUAUAUAAAUUAUAUACGAGCUCUAUUUUCUUGACUCGUGUGAAUCGUGAAGGUACUUUCUUCCUUUUUUGUAUUAAUUUAAAAUCUAUGAAAACUAUUGUAAUCAACAUUUUCAGUUUACUUUACCUCGAAUUUAAGGCCGAAGCCAAGUAUCGAUUGCAUAAAAAAAAUGCCUGUAGCUUACACUCCGUUAUAUCUGCGCUUUCCCAUAUUUUAACUCGAAGAAAUCCAUAUUUGUUCAUCGAACUAUUUUUGGAUUUUUUCGUACUAACGUACUCAGCCCUGUAUUAAACUGGAUUUUGCAAUUGGAUGCUUAAAGAUUUAUAAUAGUUUUAAUUCAGUCUUCGCUUCGUUGACGUCGUAAAUAGCAACAUGAUUUCUCCAAGUUAAAAUACAAAGAAGCGUAAAUAGAACGGAAGAUCCAGUAGUCUAGCGGCACUUUUAUACCAUCGAUUUGAUUAAUAUAGCAUAGCAUCUGAUAAAACUUUAUGUAUUGCGUGCUAUUUCUUUACUUCUGUCUCAAGAAGAAAACCAUAAUUUAAUUUUUCUUUAUACAUAGAAGUAAUUUAUUGUAAUGUUGGCUAGCAAAUAGGAUAGUUCGAUAAGGCUUAAAAAGAUUUAUUCUCACGCGACACACAUUUGUAUAGAUUUAUAUUGCGAAUAAUCCCAAACAGCACACAAUAUAUCUCAUGGACAUUCUGUGGACAUCCUGAUGAGAUCUGUGCUGUCUGAGAAUUAUACUUUUUUUAAGCUUCUUUUCGUUCCUUUCUUAAUAUGGACAAUUCAGAAAAAAAAAAAACCAGGUUUAAUUUGUAAGAUUAUGGUUGGGAUACAUUUGGAAUUAUUGAUGUACUUUGGAAUAAGGGAUUUUACCUAUUAGUUUGUAACUAAUAAUUUUUUUUACGAGCUCCCACGAAAAUAUUGAUUUCUAAAGGCCAAAUUUCACAACCUUCAAUAAAUUUAAUUGAUCGGUCAAGUGUCAACUGUGGAUUGGUCGAUUCUGUUUAACGAUAAAUACAAUUGGUCAAUUCCAAUGGAAAAUUCAAAUGAAAAUACAAUUGGUCAUUUCCAAUGGAAUCAGGCGGAUUAAAUUAACCGGAGUUUGUUGUUGAACCGGCCACAAAUAUCGAAGAGUGGUGUCGAUUAAUCAUUUUAAAAGCAUUGCAACAAGUUCAUAUAGUAGAUAGGUCUCCUUCUCCUCUAUUAAGUAUUAUAUCAAACAAACCCCGUUUUAUAUAAAAAUACGGCAUAAAUAAUCUUGAAGAGAAUAAAUUUGUUUUUCUUUAACCCCUUCCCGUACUUUAGCGAGUCAGACUCGCGAUGAAGAUUUUUGCCCAAACAUGAAUAUCGCGAGUCUGACUCGCGAACAGUUACUUGGGCCAAACAUAAACUUCGCGAGUCUGACUCGCGAAGAGAUACUUGGGCCAAACAUAAAUAUCGCGAGUCAGACUCGCGAACACAUACUUGGGCCAAACGUAAACAUAACCAAGCCG